AUGCCGGUUGCUAUUGAAGAUUUAGGCAAUGCAAAAAGCUUUCGGGCAGUUGGAGAAGACGGUGCCAUUCUAGACGAAGAAACUUGUGGCAUCAUUCGAGAAAGAGUUGUCCGAAUCAAGAAGAUGGUUUCAGGAACGCCCACCGCGGUAAAGAAGAGGAAUUCCCAAGACUCGGUGUCUAUUCUCGAAAAUUUCGAGGAAAAAUGCCCCCCGGGUGGUGAAAAUGCGGUGGUCCUCUAUACGACCACGCUGAGGGGUAUAAGGAAGACAUUUGAGGAUUGCAACACAGCCAGAUCAGUGAUCGAGUCGCAUCAGGUUCAGAUGUUUAAGCAUGAUGUAUCGAUGCAUUCAGGAUUCAAGGAUGAAUUGAGGGGAUUAAUGGGCACAAAAGAAGUGAAGGUUCCCUUGGUUUUUGUCAAGGGAAGAUUGAUUGGUGGGGCUGACGAGACAGUGAAGUUGGAGGAAGAUGGUAAGUUAGGCACUGUUUUCAGCGGGAUCCCGAAGGCAGUUGCUAUCUGCAAUGGGUGCGCAGUGGUCAGGUUUGUAAUGUGCAUAGGUUGCAAUGGUAGUUGCAAAGUGUUGGAUGAGAAAGGGAAGAAGACUGUCAAGUGCAAGGAGUGCAAUAAGAAUGGGUUGAUUCAAUGUCCCUUCUGCUAA